UAAAGCAGCGGAGGGGCGGGGGGAGGCUGCCGUGCAGCAGGGACACUUAGACAGAGAGCAGGACAGCCUCACUGGACAGCCUCCGCGUUCACACAGAGAGAGAUUAUCCAUAACAGAUCACCAUGGCAGACAAAAUCAAGGGAAAGAAGAUCAUCUUCGUUGUGGGUGGUCCUGGCUCUGGCAAGGGGACGCAGUGUGAGAAGAUGGUGGCCAAGUACGGCUACACUCACCUGUCCUCAGGAGACCUGCUCCGUGCCGAGGUGGCCUCUGGCUCCGAGAGGGGCAAGAACCUCCAGGCCAUCAUGCAGAAGGGAGAACUCGUGCCUCUGGACACAGUUCUGGACAUGAUCCUGGACGCUAUGGUUGCUAAGGCCGACACCUCCAAGGGCUACCUCAUCGACGGCUACCCCCGCGAGGUCAAGCAGGGCGAGGAGUUCGAGAAGAAGAUUGGUGCUCCCAGUCUGCUGCUGUACGUCGAUGCGUCCGGCGAUACGAUGGUCAAGCGUCUGAUGAAGCGCGGUGAGACCAGCGGCCGCGCCGACGACAACGAGGAGACCAUCAAGAAGCGCCUGGACCUCUACUACACCACCGAGCCCGUCAUCGCCUUCUACGAGGGACGCGGCAUCGUCAGGAAGGUGAACUCCGAGCUCCCUGUUGACCAGGUGUUCGCAGAGGUGUCCAAGGCUGUGGACGGUAUGAAGUUAAACUGGACAUGACAGGAUGGACUGUUUUGGUCUUUUUCUUUGUAUCCCCUUUUC